AUGGACCGCGCAGUCACGCUUGUGCAUUGCUUUUCCAACUUUAUUUCCAUAACGAUACUGUUUAAGGACUUCUACACGUUUUCUAAUCAACGGGUGUUCGUUAAUGAAAACAAGGAGCUUUGGCAUUACAGUACCCUACAGGAAAUGCUCGGCAUGACCACAUUGGAUCACAAUGCUAAUCGCUGCGAAAAAGGCUAUUUGACGGGCAAAUCGCAAUUUCGGUUCGCAUUCAACUUACCGUGCGAUCUCGCGACCUCAUUCAGUUGUCCAGGGAGUCCGGUUGCUGUGAAAUACUCUAUAACUGUGAGUUUCUUCUCAAGCUUUACACAAAUAGAGGAUGUCUGGAGGGUCGCUGAGAAGUGA